GUAAAAGGACUCCUGCAAUUGAAGCCGUCAAUCUACGAGAAUGUCCCCUCCGUCAGAGUGCGAGGUGGACGGGCUCCCCAGUGGUUACGGAUCCAGGGACUCCAUCCUCAGGCCAGGAGCGAAGAAGGACUGGAAAAGACGAAGGCGUGGACAACUAAAGCGGAUUGACAGCUGCAGCAGCUGGGACCUAGUCCACACCAGCCCCACUGAGGCUGGGAAAGGGAAACAGCAGCCUUCAUUCGGACUGGGAGGAGGUUCAAGCAUGCGCUGCUCCACCCUACUCGGCAUCCUCACGGGGGUGCUUCUCUACUUGGUGCUGGGAGCCGUGGUGUUCCGUGCUUUAGAGGCUCCACGAGAGGAGGGCAAGCACAAUCAGCUGCAGGACACGCGUCGCGACUUCCUGUUGAACUUCACAUGCAUGGGCCCAGAAGACCUACAGAACCUCAUAGAGGAAGUAGUGGAGGCCGUUGGUGCUGGUGUGGAUCCCAGCAGCAACCUCACCUUUGUCAGCCAGUGGGAUCUGGCCAGUGCCUUCUUCUUCUCAGGAACCAUCAUCACAACCAUUGGCUUUGGAAACAUCUCCCCCAAGACAGAAGGAGGGCAGCUGUUUUGUAUUUUCUACGCCCUGGUUGGAAUUCCGUUGUUUGGUAUCCUGCUCGCUGGAGUCGGAGACCAUCUUGGUACUGGGUUGAGGAAAGCUAUUGGCAAAAUAGAGACUCUCUUCCGGAAAUGGCGAGUAAGCCCGACCAUCGUACGAGUGAUCUCAGCCGUGCUCUCCAUCCUGCUGGGAUGCCUGCUCUUCGUUGCAUUGCCUAUAUUUGUUUUCCAAGAGGUGGAGAGGUGGACUCUCCUGGAGUCGGCCUACUUUGUGGUUAUCACCCUGACGACGGUGGGGUUUGGAGAUUAUGUUGCAGGUACACAACCAUCCACAGUUUUCUUUUUAGCUACCAGGGAUUCUGGAAAUGAGGGAAGCGACCACUGGUACAAGCCUUUGGUGUGGUUCUGGAUCUUGCUGGGUCUAGCCUACUUUGCCUCUAUCCUGUCUAUGAUUGGUAACUGGCUUCGGGUUCUAUCUAAGAAAACCAGAGCUGAGAUGGAAGAGCUUCGAGCCCAUGCAACGGAUUGGACUCAAAACAUCCAGAACAUGUCGGUGGACUUUCGCAUUGCAGGAAAAAUCGAUGACCCCUUCAAGCGGCGUCGACGAAAGCGCCGCCACGGCCCUCGAAGCCAGGGUCACAGUGUGUCAGCUAACGGGGCCCCCGAAGGAAAAGGGGAGCAGCGUGAGAGUCACACAGAGUCCGGAUCUUACUCUUCCUCAUCUUGCUCUAAUGAAUCAGCGUCUGAAUCAGAAUCAGACUCUCAGGCUACUCAGACGGAUCGAGUGCCCGAAGAAAAAACUGCAACAGAGCUUAAAGAGGAGGAGGCUCUUCCGGAUCCCCACCUGUCUCAGCCUCUGGACUACUUUGGGGAGAACCUGGCCUUUAUCGAUGAGUCUUCAGAUGCCCAGAGUGGGAAACUACACUUGGAUCCUCUGAUUGAUACUUCAAAACCUGACUCUGCACGCCAUCGUCCGCCCAGGAGGAGACGCCAAAGAAGACCUGUUCCCCAGAGAAGCCCCAAAAUCAACCGCUCCACAAACCCUGACAAGAUGGAGCCCAAUGGAAAACCAGUUCCAGCUGUGCCAGUGAAGCCUCAGGAUUGAAGCUGAUAACAGGUGUUCACACAAGUAUCACCCUGAGAGAUAUGAGAGAGUAGUUCUCAAUGUAGCCAUUUAUGUGUGUAUAUGUACUGCUUACUUACAGACACCUAAAAUUAAUUGCUGGAGAUGCCUUAGCCACUUGUGGUUUGCUUUUAAUGCAUGCGAGUGUGUAUGCCUCAGUCAGAGAUGAUGAUUUUUAUGCCAAUGUUCCCAUUACUUUCUGAGGAGUUACUGCUCUCUACUGGGCCAACACAGAAAUGCACUUCUACCCCUCUCCACAUGAGGGUUCCCACCUUUUACUAAUCCAGAAACAAGAAAGAGCAAGCAGACCAGGUGUGUCAACAGCGUUGUGGAGCUCCAGGUAGCUUUGGUCUGAGACAAUAACUCUUUAAUCCUGCCAACCAUUAAACGGGUACUCAAACAGGCU